AUGGACAACAACAAUGAUCGACCGAUUCGACCUGAGGAGGAACCGGUAGCACCCAAUGGUGUCGAAUCACAAGCUGCCGCCGUGGCGCAGGAAAACAACCGAAACGAUGCUGUGCCUAAUGCAAAUCGAAGACCGAGACCGUCUCGAACCAUCAAUACACGGAUAUUGGGCCCAUUCGAUACCGGCCGCAUGGAGCUGUCAAAGCAGGAACGCCAAUGGGCUCAAACAGUCAAGGAGGCUAUUGAAAAGGACUCUGAGAUCACUAACCUCUCUGACUUUUGGUAUGUGCAGUUGGCUCUGAUUGAAAAAGGUCCGGAUAUUGACAAUGUUCUGGAUAGGGCACGUCAUCUGCAGGCGUUCCGGCAGGAAUAUGGAAUUACGGAGACUACCUCAAGUGGAUGUUUUUUUGUUCAUGAAUUCAUAAAGCUCUUCCCUGGCUUUUCAUUGUCCUUUUCCUUCAACUAUGCCACUGGUCGCUAUGUGGCAGCCAUGGAUCUGACCAAAUUCUACACUGCAAAGCUGUUCUCUACACCAGGUGCUGUUGAGACUUGGUUAGCUACAAAUUACCAUUCACAAAAUGCUCUCAACCCAGAUUUCCAAGCUAUACGACAUGGCGCCACACUUGCUUUGGAAUGUGAUGGUUUUGACUGGAAGAAGAACAUGAACCUUCGCUUUUUCACGACGCUGUUCCAAGAGAUUGGAUCUGCCUAUCCCAUGAAAUGGGGCAGUGUCAACUUCUUUAACAGUGGUGUAUUCAUCAAUGUGCUCAUGUCCAUGGUCAAGAGAAUAUCUCCACCAGAGUUUCAUGAGAACUAUGAGUUUGGUUUGGUCUCAGAGGCAGGGAGAUUGGACAACAUUUUCUUCAUUCCUUCCAUGGAAGCUGCUAAUGAAAGGAUCUUGAUGCGGAUCACAUUGGCUCUUCAAAGAAGAUAUGCCAAUGAGGCAUCCUUUUCCCUGUAG